AGACACAGCCCUGCUUGAGGAGAGACAUAUCCCUGCUUGAGCACAGACACAUCCCUGCUUGAGGAGAGGAGACACAUCCCUGCUUGAGGACACCAGAGACACGGCCUUACUUGAGGAGAGCAGAGACAAGGCCCUGGCUGAGAAAAGGAAAGACACAGCCCUGCUGAGAAGAGGAGACAACGGCCUUGCUUGAGGAAAGCAGACACAUCCCUGCUUGAGGAGAGGAGAGCAGAGACACAGCCCUGCUUGAGCACAGACACAGCCCUGCUUGGGGAGAGCAGACACAUCCCUGUUUCCAGCUGGGAUCUCUUUGCUGCCUGAGCUGUCCUUCUGGCAGCCGGGUGCUGCUCCAGGCAUCUUCACGGGUGUUGGACAGAGAAGGGAAGUGUCACAGAGGGAUAUUUUUAGAUGCUCUUUGUGCUCAGAGAGCAAAGGCAGGCUGUGGUUUAACAGCCAUUAGCUGCUGGGCAUGUUUGGAAAGCUGGAGGAGGGCUGAGGAUCCAGGAACACGUUUGACACCAUGGGAUGAAGCAGCUUCGCAGAUGUGAGGAUAAUUUUUGGGCUGAGCAUUGAAGGGAAGACCCCAAGAGGAGCCUGGAUCUGGGCACUCCAGCCUGUUUAGCUGCCACGUGGACAGGCAGUGGUGGCUGAUCCCCCAAAAGGACGUGGUCCCAUUGUUUGUGGGGUGACAUUUGCUCCAGUGGCUGUGGAAGAGGAGCAGGAAAAGAGCGGACAAGAGAUCCGCAUGUCAGACCAUCACGACCCCCACUAUGGGGAGUCAGAACCCCAGCACGGCAUCACUGUGGUCUUCCUCCUUGUCCUUGUCUUCUUCAUCAUGGGGCUGGUGGGGUUCCUGAUCUGCCAUGUCCUGAAGAAGAAGGGUUACCGGUGCCGCACCUUCCGGGACGAGCUUGACCCAGAUGACAAAGAUGAGGUGGAGGAGCUCGACGAUGAUGAGGCUGACAAGAACGAUGACACCGUUGAGAAGAUUGUGAGAUGCAUCAUCCAAAAUGAAGCAAACGUGGAGGCCCUCAAGGAGAUGCUGGGGGAAAAUGAACCAGACGUGCCAGUGCCAGUGCCCAGCCUUGGUCACCACAGCAGCAGUCAGGACGGGGGCCCGCCCCAUCACCACACGGUGCACCUGGGCUCCACGCACGCCCCCUGCAUCCACUGCAGCAGGAGGAAGAGGCACCCCCUGCAGCGCCAGGGCCGCUCCAAGGAGGGCAAAAGCAGGAUGCACCCUGGAGAGACCACCGUCUUCUCAGUGGGCAGGUUCCGUGUCACACACAUCGGGAAGAAGCCGUGCCUGCCGGAGCAGCCGGACGGGGCCCUGCCCGUGGCCAGCCGCCCGCCGAGCACGGAGGAGCUGGAGCGCAGCAGCGAGCUGCUCAACGGGACUGUGCCCAUGGCCGGCCUGCAGAACGGAGCCGUCCACACGGGCACACAGAGUGCCAGGAGCACCGAGCAGAGCCUGUCCGCCAGCCCGGCUGCCAACACACCCGCCAGCGCCGGCACCCGUGACAGCCGGCGGGCGGGCACGGUUGGGUCUGGCACGCCGGGGUCCAGCACGGUUGGGUCUGGCACGGUUGGGCCUGGCCCGGUUGGGUCCAACCCGGUGGGGUCUGGCCGAGCUGGGUCCCUGCCGGGUGCUGGCUCCGCUCCCGGGAGCUCCAGCCGGCAGCGCAGGCUGCUGAGCCUGCCCAUGCUGGGAGCGUCGAGUCCCAACAUCCCGGGAGAGCUGGCGAGGGAAGGAGCCGGCAUGUGCCUGGAGGAGAUGGGACUGGCGUCGGCAGAUGAGGUGUCGGAUAUUCACGGGAGCCUGAGUCUGCAGGAGCAGGCCGAGGAGCUGGCGAGAGACGAGAGCGGCAGGAAACAGUCCGGAGGGGAGGAUGGGAAGCAGCAGGAGCCCAGCGCCGCGGAGCAGGACCGUGUGUGAGCUGCUCUCCGCUCCCGGCUGGAGCGUGCACGGGAGGCGCGCAGCCCCCGGGCCCCUCGGGGCUGGGGCUCUGCCGUGGGGCAGCCGCGGGGCAGCCGUGCCCGGCCCCGGGUGGGCAGCUACGCGCUUGGCAUGGCCGGAGCGACGCGCCCGCCACACCGACAACAACCGCGCUCGGCGGCGCCAGCCUUCAUCCCAUCGGCAAUAGGUACCCGAGUCCCACCCACCGCACCCUCCCCGGACACCCCCGAGGGACCCUCGGGCCUGGCAGGGGCAGGACGGCGCCCGGAGCCCGCUGCCCCCGCAGCCCCCAGCUCGGGGGAAGGAUCACAGGGGCAGGGAUGGAGGCAGCGGCUUGAGCCCCCCCCGGGGCGGUGGGGAGCGCCCCCCGCCCGCCGGGCACGUUCAGCACAGAGCACAGCCCCCCCGGGCACCCCUGCCACGCAGAGCGGGCACUGGCACACACCCGGCACCGGCAGGGCCUGGGAGAUGCUGGCGGAGAUUGGAGCUGCCGGCCCCGGGGUCGGGAUGGCCCCGGGCCAGGCCCGCGGGCAGCCCCGGGCUGCGCCAGCUUCGGUGUGUAACGCCCUGUACAUAGACGAG